AUGUAAGAUUGUGCAGAGUAAUAAAAUUACAUCAACUUCUUGUAAUUAGAGAAGGAUUUGGAAUGUCAUGAUGAAAACUCUUCUUUGUUAUUUAACUUGAAUUAGGAGAAUCCUUCUUUAACACAAAUAGUGGAUUAAGAUGUUUGUUCCUUAAAACAAUAAGGUAAGAAGAUAAAGAAGAAGAAGCGAGUGGAAUUUCAUUACAAAAAGAAGAGAAGAAAUACUAAAAUGACAGAGAUGAAUAAUAACAAUCCAUUCAACUUUGAGGAAGACAAGAAAAUUCUAAGUCUGGUGUUAGAGUAUGGUCCAAAGUUUGGAGAUAUAGCAAAAUUCUUUACAGACAGGAACUAAAAUGCAAUAAAGAAUAGAUAUUAUAAAUACCUUAGAUUUCGAUGGGAUUAGAUAUUAGGAAGGUAUGUUAAUGUAUUAAUGAAUAAUUAGUGAGUAUAGAAGAUUGAAUUACAAGAGAGAGGGUGAGAGAGUGGAAUGUAGUGAUCUAACUUAAAUGAUAGAUGAAUUAAACUUUUUUCCAGAAAUAACAGAUUUGUUAUCACAGUUUGUGUAUAGGGUCCACUCACAUUUUAAUUGAUUAUUAAUUCUCAUAUAUAUUCAUAUAGCAAUUUGUAAACUCAUGAUCUUUGAAAAUAUGCAUGAUUGUAGAUUGGGGAGUUGAAACAAUUAUACAAUUAUGAAUUGAGGAAUUAAUUAAGAGAGAGUGAGGAAAAUAAAGAUGAGGUUUAAAGAGAAGGAGAAGAAUAAGUGAAAUAGAGGUUGAUUAGAUUAGAAGUAUGGAAAUGUGAAUGGAAAGUACGUUAAGAGAAUGAGAUGAAGAUUUAGCAAUUGGGAUAGAGAGAAAUUUAAAUAAGAAUGAGAGAAAGAUGA